CACCAUGACAUACAUAUUCAAUGAUCCGAUACAUGGGACUAUGGAACUGAACAGAGUGCUGGUGGGUAUUAUAGAUACUCCUGCAUUCCAGAGACUCAGAAAUAUCAAACAGACUGGAGCAGUGUGUUUCGUGUAUCCAGGAGCGACACACACGAGGUUUGAACACAGUAUUGGUGUUUGUCACCUGGCAGGACAAGUUAUUGACAAACUGUCACAACAUGCUACUAUUACUCCUGUAGAUAAGCUCUGUGUACAGGUUGCUGGAUUACUGCACGAUGUUGGACACGGACCAUUCUCUCAUCUGUUUGACAACUCUUUCAUUCAAGAGAUAUCAUCUGCUGAGUGGUCACACGAACUGCAAUCCUGUAGAAUAUUUGAUCACAUCCUGAAAACCCACGAGGAAGUAGCAAAAUCACUAAAAGAUGCUGGCCUGACAGAUAUAGAUAUUAUCUUUAUAAAAGAGCUAAUUAACGCCAAGGAUUUCAAGUCUAAUAAUAAUCACGAGUGGUUGUUUAAGGGACGUCCAAAACAAAAGAGUUUUCUCUAUGAGAUAGUGGCAAAUGAACGAACUGGUAUAGAUGUUGAUAAGUUCGACUACUUGCUGAGAGAUUGUUAUUAUCUUGGAGUUAACUGCACUCUUGACUGGAGGAGAUUGGUACAUAUGAUGAGGAUAGUUGAGAAGGAUGGCCAAUUCAGGAUCGCUAUAAGAGACAAGGAAAAGGACAACGUGUUCAACAUGUUUUAUUUGAGGAUGCAUCUACGGAGGAUAGCAUACCAACAUUCCACUGUUGGUGCAGUCGACUUCAUGAUACGAGAUGUUUUGAAGCUGUGUAACGAUGUGAUAUUCCCAGAUACUCUAUUAUCAGAUACUAUCCAUCAUAUAGAUAAAUAUCUGAGACUAAAUGACUGUAUUCUGGACCUCAUAUCCAACAUGGAUCAUAGCAACCACAGUCCUAAUCAUCUCAAUCAGGCUAAGAAAUUGAUUGGCCGAUUACGGACCAGACGAUUAUACAACAUGGUCGCUGAAACCCCUCCCUCAACCGAAGAUUUUAAGGAUAAGAUAAAGAUACUAGGGGAGAUAGUUGGGGACGAAAACACCCUCAAAGAUCAGAUUAUUCUCUCUGAUCUAAGUCUUAAUUUCGGGAAGUGGGGUGCUUCUGGCGACCCGCUGGAGUCAGUACUUUUCUAUGACAAACAUGGCACCGUGCUCUCUGAUAAAUUCUAUAACGAGUUCAGUUUAUUCUCUCCGAGUUCUUGGAGUCAGAAACAACUUCGCUUUUAUUGCACCAGUGAAGAUCCAACAAUCACAGAGCUAGCUAAAAGAAAAUGUAACGAAUGGAUCGCCCGUGCGUUUCCUGACGGGCAGUAAUCCUUGAAGAGCAGACAUUUCUACCUGGACAACUUCGUUUAAUUGUGUUAUAUAUAAUAAUGUGUAAAGUAUUAUAUGAUUUCUUAGAGUAUUGGGUAUGCUGAUUUUAAUUUUUGUUUUGUCCUUUAUUUUUUAGGAGAUUAUUACUAUUAUCUAUUAACCGUUUAUUAUGUUUUGAUGUAUCACGCGCAACAGUAUAUUUGUGUACAUAUUAUUUUUGUUUGCUUACUAGGCUAGUCUUGGUUGUUUAUCUCAUGAUUGUAAGAA